CCAGCCCGGAGCGAUGGGAGAGUGGACCAUUUUGGAACGGCUGCUGGAGGCUGCAGUGCAACAGCACUCCACCAUGAUCGGGAGGAUCCUGUUGACGGUGGUGGUGAUUUUCCGAAUCUUGAUUGUGGCCAUUGUGGGGGAGACGGUUUACGAGGACGAGCAGACGAUGUUCAUGUGCAACACGCUGCAACCGGGUUGCAACCAGGCCUGCUACGACAAGGCGUUCCCCAUCUCGCACAUCCGAUACUGGGUGUUCCAGAUCAUCCUGGUUUGCACGCCCAGCCUCUGCUUCAUCACUUACUCCGUCCACCAGUCCGCCAAGCAGCGCGAUCGGCGCUAUUCCUUCCUGUACCCGCUGCUGGAGAAGGAGGGCACCUGCGAAGGGAAGAAGGUGAAGAACGUCAACGGCAUCCUGGUGCCGAACCCCGAUGGCUCGUCCAAGGAGCCCGACUGCCUGGAGGUGAAGGAGAUCCCCAGCACCCCGCUCAGGCCCCCCAAGAGCUCGAAGGUCAAGCGGCAGGAGGGCAUUUCCCGCUUCUACAUCAUCCAGGUGGUUUUUCGCAAUGCCCUGGAGAUUGGCUUCCUGGCUGGGCAAUACUUCCUCUACGGGUUCAACGUGCCGGCCAUCUUUGAAUGCGACCGCUACCCAUGUGUGAAAGAAGUGGAGUGUUAUGUGUCUCGGCCCACGGAGAAGACCGUCUUCCUGGUCUUCAUGUUUGCAGUCAGCGGGAUCUGCGUCCUCCUCAACCUGGCUGAGCUCAACCACCUGGGCUGGCGCAAGAUCAAGACGGCCAUCCGGGGGGUGCAGGCCAGGCGGAAAUCCAUCUGUGAGGUGCGAAAGAAGGAUCUCUCCUCCUUGGCCCAAGUGCCUACCCUCGGGCGGACCCAGUCAAGCGAGUCCGCCUACGUCUGAGUGCGUUUGGUGCUGCGAGAAGCAGGCCCUCGGCUGAGCUGAUGCCGCCAAUGCAAAAAAACUGACCAGAGUACCUCCCAAUAUGCAAUAUUCAGUGGGUGCUUUUCAGCCCCCUCCUCAGUGCCGGGGGAGAGGGCAUCCAAAUCGCUUUAAGGGCCAGUGGGAGAAAUCCAGCCCCUUCGGAGCUCGCUGGCAGCAGCAAAAGAAAAGGGUCCUUCCCUUUGCUCCCGUGGCCGGCUUCAGAUGAAUCUCCUCUCCACACACUAUCGUGGUGCAAGCAAAGCCAUGAGAUGCAUGGAAACUUGUGCCU